UCCUCCUCAGCGCGCAUGUUUGCCAUCGGAUGCAGCAUGGGCCCACUAAUGCACUACUGGUAUCUGUGGCUCGACCGCACCUUCCCCGCUGCCGGCUUCAGUGGGAUCCGGAGUGUCCUCAAGAAGGUUUUCAUCGACCAGAUGGUGGCCUCCCCGGCGCUGGGCGUUUGGUACUUCUUGGGGAUGGGGUCUCUGGAGGGGCAAACGCUGGACCAGAGCUGGCAAGAGUUGGAGGACAAUUUCUGGGAGUUCUAUAAGAUGGACUGGUGCGUCUGGCCCCCGGCGCAGCUGAUGAACUUCCUCUUCCUGCCCGCCGCGUACCGGGUGCUCUACAUGAACGUCAUCACCCUCGGCUGGGACACCUACCUGUCGUACCUGAAGCACCGGCCUAAGCACCCAUCCCUCAGCGUGGAGGAAGAUGAUGAAGGCGACAGAGUCGAGAUCGAAACAACCGGGUGAACGAGGGCCACGUGCUUCUGCCAAGGUUGGAUCCGAGACUCCCUGGGCACUGGAGCCAGCUUUGCGCCCCACCAUUUAGGCAGCUGGAUCUGGGAAGCAGGCGCCGUCGCCCACGUUCGCAGCCCUCUCUCCUCCCAGCAGAGGCCUCAUCUCCCUCUUCCUGCAGCGCCUCGGAUACCGAAACAGAGAACUUCAGGGCUGGGGGGCAGAUUUGGCACGGGCGUAGGCAUCUCCUGACUGCGACCCCUGGUCCUUCCCAAUUCAUUCAAAAGUUCCAGAUCUUUUUGCGCUUCCCAAUUAAAGAAAAAGCAGGUUGCCUUUUUUUGCAUGCCGUUGCCAGGACAGGUGCUUCUUCUCUCUGCCGCUAGCGCCUCUGGUUGCCGUUGGGUCAACGCGGUUUGUCCUUUUAAUGACUGAUGUUU